CACACAGAUUCACAUCAGAGCCGCCUCCUGCCUGCUAUAUCCCCCACCUCCAAGAGCCAGCAAUGCAGCCGAUCUCUAUGGAGCGAGCCCUUUCCCCGGCUUUCCUCCCGGAUUGCUGUGCCUUUUAUCCGGCUCCGUGCACCAAAGCCCCAGAGGCGCCUCCAGCCAGGAAACGAGCCUUCACGGUGGAGUUCCUGCUCUCCAAGUCUCCCCCCGAGAGAGCUCCCCGCACUGAGCAGACCCUCCAGCCCUACCCCUGUGUCCCACUGCCCGCCUCCUGCCCUGUCCUCUGCCAGGCUCCAGGGUACUACCGUCCACCCUGGCACAACUGCUUCAACAUGUACCGUGCAGAUUGGAGGUUCAGUCCAGCACCCCUGGUACACCCCAGCCCUGCCAGAGAAAUCAAGUUAAAGCGCUUCAGGGCUAUCUUCACCCAAGAGCAGCUCUCAGUGUUGGAGAGGGAGUUCAGGAAAAACCGCUACAUCAUUGGUCCUCAGAGGGUGGCCCUGGCUGCUGCUCUGGGCCUUACAGUACUACAGGUGAAGGUCUGGUUUCAGAACAGGCGGAUCAAAUGGAAGAGGGACACUGAGAAACGUCAAACCAGACGAGCAGUGUGUGAGGAAGGGGAUGUGGAAGAUACUCAAGGUGGACUCUGAAGAUGGCCAUUAACCAUGGAAAAGGCGGGCGAUCUUCCAGAGGAAUGGGAAGUGCCCGGAACUCUGGGAACAUCAGUCAUUUGGGGGUUUCCGUUUGACCAAUUUCACCUUUUCUCAAAUGAACUGUUAUACUUCUGUACGUAAAGAAAACCAAGACUUGUUAAACAAGAUUCGUUUCCUUGUGAAUGUCUGGUUGGGUGCAUGGAGCUCCGUUCUAUGGAGAUGUGGACUGAUUUAAUUUAUAAAUCAUAGUUGGUCAGGAUCCCUUGUUUGUUGUGAUUUGUUACUCCAGGUUUAAGUGAUUUCACCUGUUCUUGC